AUGUGCGCUUGGAGCGCCGCCGCGCGGGAUCCUCGUAUCAACACGGAACACACCACGGCGCACGAGGGCAACGUGCUGGCCACCCUGAACGGCAGCGUGCUGGACAGCCCGUCGGAGGGCCAGGGGUCCUCGGCCCCCCCGGAGACGGAGGCCCAGAGCGUGCAGAACGUCCUGGUGCUCAGCGGCGGCGAGGGCUACAUCGACUUCCGCAUCGGCGACGGGGAGGACGAUGAGACGGAGGAGGGCGGCGGGGAGGCGGGCCCGGCGCCGCAGAUGAAGCCGGCGCUGUGCAAGGCGGAGCGGAGCCACAUCAUCGUGUGGCAGGUGUCCUACGUCCCCGAGUGACCUGCACCUCCUCCACCCAGCUCCACCUCCUCCAGCUGCUCCUCCUCCACCCAGCUCCUCCUCCUCCAGCUCCUCCUCCUCCUCCUCCAGCUCCUCCUCCUCCAGCUCCUCCUCCUCCACCCAGCUCCUCCUCCUCCAGCUCCUCCUCCUCCUCCACCCAGCUCCUCCUCCUCCAGCUCCUCCUCCUCCUCCACCCAGCUCCUCCUCCUCCACCACCACCCUGCUACCCAUCAUCUAAAGAUUAUUAAACCCGUUACCGUGACGCCCAGGAGACUGUGGGGGGGUCCUCCGUAUCGACUGUAUCUACUCCCACUUUACUCCUACCUUGUAACUAGACUUCUUGCCUUGUAAGUACCCCCCCCCCCCCCCCCUCCUUAAUGUAACCACGGUGACGGCCCUGGUCCCCAGCAUCAUAACCCCUCUGUAUAAACUCCUGGCAGCUCGCUGUAACUCCUGUAUGACCUCUGACCUGUCCUGCAUCCCCCCCCCCCCCGAUGGUUAUCAGGCCCACCCCAGGCCAUGCCUGAUUGGCUGUUGACAUGUAGAGGAAGCUCACUGAUUGGUGGGGAGCUGUAACGAGUGUCAGGCGGUUUGGUAAUGAAGGCAGCCAUGAGAUCGUCUGAUUAAGGUCAGAGCGACGAGGCCCAGAGGACGAGGAACCAAACAGAACACAACGGCCAUUCCUCCAAUCUUUAGUCAUGUUUCAAUUCUGUGAAACAAAACCUUAAUCUGCCCCUUAUAGUCGAAUAUGAAACGCUAGUUUGGUUAAUUAAUCUGCUCUCUGUCCUCAUGAAGCCUAAUGUGCUGCUGACCUCACCGGUCAGACCAGGUGGUCGUGGUCACACCUUCAUGGUCACAGCACACCUCCGUCAGACCACCUGGUCUGACCACUCCGGUCAGACCAGGUGGUCGUGGUCACAGCACACCUCCGUCAGAGGUGGUCGUGGUCACAGCACACCUCCGUAGGGCUGGCCUGUUGCCGUAGCAGCCAGCGGGACGGACCAGGCUAGUGUAGUAGCUAAACCAAAGCGUGGAGGAGGAGCCGUCUGAGGGGUCCCAGGGCGGGGCUCAUUACCUCGCCUCCCUCGGUCCAGGAGGGGCGUGUCGGCAUGUUGUCUGGGCGACGCCCACUACGGGGUUCACUGUAAAUCUCCCCGCCAAGGCCCCGCCCCCUUGUUCAGUAUGGAAUCGUGUAUGUUUAUCGCUAUCUCUGUGGAUUAAAUAUUAAACAUUUGU